CCGGACAUUUCAGCAUUUUCUUGGAGGGACAGCUCCCGCGCCUCAGACCUGCUUUGGAAAACGGUCAACAUCUUCAGUGCCAUUUUAUCAAAGUGAUUAUUGUACAAAUCCCUGAGUAACAAUGGAUAAUAUUUUAGAUAACUUAUCUUAUACUGGACAUUCUGUCUUUUAUAACUUUACUGACGAUUGGAUACCUGAUAGAAGGGAAACUAUUGAUUUUAUUAUAAAAUGUGUCAUACCGACUGUGUAUAUUCUGAUCAUAACGAUUGGGUUGUUGGGGAACAUUACCUUGGUUAAGAUUUUUAUCACCAACAGUGCAAUGAGGAGCGUCCCCAACAUAUUUAUUUCGAGUUUGGCAGCUGGGGAUCUUUUGCUUUUGGUCACUUGUGUUCCAGUGGAUGCGUUCAGAUACUUCUUUGAGGAGUGGAUCUUCGGUGUUGUGGCUUGCAAACUAAUACCGGUCAUUCAACUCACUUCAGUCGGAGUCUCGGUGUUCACUCUCACGGCUCUCAGCGCCGACAGGUACAAAGCCAUAGUAAAUCCUAUGGACAUCCAAACAUCCAGUGCUGUGUUCUGGACAUGUCUGAAAGCUGUGUCCAUCUGGGUGAUCUCCAUCCUGCUGGCGGUGCCCGAGGCCAUCUUCUCCCAGGUAGUACACAUCCAGGACAAGAAUGUGACCUUCACUGCCUGUGUGCCCUAUCCCCUCUACAACGACAUGCAUCCCAAGAUCCACUCCAUCCUCAUAUUCCUGGUGUACUUCCUGAUUCCCCUGGGGAUCAUCUCUGUGUACUACUACCACAUCGCCAGGACUCUGGUCAAGAGUGCUCACGACAUGCCUGGGGAGAUCAGUGAGCACACGAAGAGACAGAUGGAGACGAGAAAACGGCUGGCCAAAAUUGUUCUGGUUUUCGUGGGCCUCUUCGCUCUCUGCUGGUUCCCCAACCAUGUCUUGUACAUGUACCGCUCCUUCAACUACCGUCAGAUCGACUCCUCCCUGUCGCACCUCAUCAUCACCCUGCUAGCCCGCAUGCUAAGUUUCUCCAGCUCCUGUGUCAACCCGUUUGCCCUCUACCUGCUGAGCGAGAGCUUCCGCAGGCACUUCAACAGCUCACUCCAAUGCAAGAGGAAGCCCCACCACGAGCGCAAUACCAGCUACCUGCAGAGCACCUCGGCCAUAAGAAUGACCUCCAUCAAGAAGACCACCCCUACUGUCAUCAACGGACAUGGCAACAGGCAGGAGGUCACUCUGUAGGUUUAGGACGUCACCUGAUGACGUGUAAGUGGUGGGAGUGACACCAAAAAAAGAUACAUGCAAAGCUUUACAAGGUGGACUAUUAUGAAAAGGUCAUGCCUGUGUGCUAAACAGAAAAUGCUUUGUUUGAAGCUGCCUUGUUUAUACAUUCCCCACAAUGCUACAUAUCACUGCUGAUGAGAUGAUCACCCAUGAACUGAAUGUAUACAGACAUGUUGUCAACAAAUCUGUCUUGUAUUUUUUGUAAUUCCCGUAUCCACAAUGUUCAAUUUUUCAUGUUUUGUUGUGUCAAUCUGAUACAUGUUUCACUUUACAGAGUUUACAUAUAUCUAUACUGUCUGUGACGCAUGCUGUCCAAACUGCAAACCCAAAGAGCAGGUAGUUGCUCCCACGACAGGAAAUCUAUGUGUAACGGGGGUCAGUGUGCUUCUUAACCUCCUCUACUAUCCAACUACCCCAUACUGGGCUCGAACCAGUGAUCCUCUGCUUCGCAACACAAGUGACCACCCUCCUCGAGUAAUUUCAACAAAAAUCAUAAUGUCAUUGUAAGUAAUUAUUUCCCGCAAACAUCUGCCUGAAAGUGGAUAGAAGUGCCAAAGCAGAAAGGGGCCACAGGAAAUGGAAAUUAAACCGAGGUUUACCAAAUGUUGAUGGAAACCUGUACACCACUAUUGCAGGACAGUAAGAUGAUAAAUGCCAUUUGAAUUUGUUCAUGAGAUCACUUUGAUAAUGCCAUUUCCUGUGCUAUGUUUGAAUGUUUAUCUUCAGAUGCUCAAUGUGACACAAAUGUUUGCUGUUUUGUUAAGUAAAACGUGUCCCAGUAUGUUGAACUGCAAAUGCUGCAACAUGAUUGCUGUAAAAAAAAUAUAUAUAUAUAUAUUGUGUGGUUAUAUUUUGUAAACUUUCAUAAUUCCAUGCACAGCAUAGCUUCAUUUAACAUGUAAAUGAAUAAACUCUAAUAAAGAGUGUGCUUUCUGAACAUGAUUAAUCAAACAUUGAAUUACACUUAUCAAGGGAUCAUGAUAAUUAUUGGAUUAAACCCACAUUAACAUCCUCAAUCCAAAUGUAUCUGUUCCUCUUAAUCCUCCCAAUCAGGAAAGCAGUUUUAAUUUACAUAAUUUCAGUAUGCUAAUGUUAAAAUCUAUCUGUUUAUUAGUGAUAUGUCCUAAUACACUGAUCUCAAGUGAUUAGUCAACAGGUGCCUCAAUGGAAAAGGGAUCGGUGUCUGUAACCACUGAGCAAAUUCAAUGGCUGAAUCUACAACUAUUUUCUAUUGUCUGUCCAUUUUUCACCAUCAUGGAAAUUGAUUUGUGUUAUUCUACCAGAGUUCUCUCUUCUUAUGAUGACUUGAAAAAUGGUUUGUACAAUGGAAAAUGCAUUUGUGUUUGAAAUUCUUCAUCAUAUAUUGGACCUACCUCUCUGCCACAAAUGCAAUGUGAUACUACGCCCACCUCCUAAUUACUGUGGAUUUGCAAUGUUUGGGAAAUUGGAACGGGAUCCUCCAAUGGUUCUGCUGUGUGUCUGUGUGAUAAAUACCCACAGCAUGUAAUAUAAUCACAACAAUAUUGAAAGAAUGUCAUGUUGACUGUGCCAGGUAAAAUUGUCUGUGAACAAUUGUGAUGUUAUGAUAUGUAUGCUUUUCAGACCUGGGUUCUCUGUAUGUGAUUAUUUAAAUACUUAUUUUCUGUGUAAUGGAGUAUUUCCAAAUAAUGUGGCCCGAAUCAAUUCCAAUAUUCAAUUACUUGUCUUUUCAAAUAAAACAUAUCUAAAUACUCACUUCCAAAUGUCUUUUAAAGUAAAUUAAAUACCAUAAACAGUAUUUAAACCCAGGUCUGCUUAAGAAUCACAUAUUAUUUAUUAAUAUUGAUAUUUAACAUGCAAAUAUAUUUACUUUGAAUG